UGGGAAGGAUAACUUGCUACCGAGCAAGGAUGAAGCAGAAAGAUUGUGGUCUUCACUUAAAAACUGUAGUGUGCGCUAUUUUAAGGACAGCGGCCAUGCAUUACUUUUUGAAAAUGGAAUUAAUUUGUUGACUAUCAUUAAAGGUGUUAAUAUGUACCGGCGUUCUAAACAAAUUGACUUUGUUGAAGAUUAUCUUCCUCCUACAAUAGGCGAAUUUCGGAAAACAUUUGAGCAAGGGGAUAGAUUAUUCCACCUUGCAAUCGGUCCAGUAAUGCUGUCCACCCUUGGAAAUGGAAGAAUAGUGAAGGGUCUCAGUGGCGUCCCAAAUAAAGGCCCUGUUUUGUUAGUGGGUUAUCAUAUGUUGAUGGGGUUUGAACUUAGUUCUAUUUAUGAAGCAUUCCUAAGGGAGAAAAGGAUCAUCAUACGUGGUAUGGCACACCCAUUUUUGUUCUCAAACAUAAGAGAAUCUUCACGGCAAGAAUUCUCUCGCUUUGACGAAUUGAAUGUCUUUGGUGCAUUACCCGUUUCGCCGAUGAACAUAUAUAGGCUCCUUCAGCAGAAAUCAUUUGUGCUUCUUUAUCCAGGAGGUGCACGGGAAGCACUGCAUCGAAAGGGGGAAGAAUAUAAAUUAUUUUGGCCAGAUCAGCCUGAAUUCGUGAGAAUGGCUGCUCGGUUUGAUGCCACUAUUGUACCGUUUGGUGUUGUUGGAGAAGAUGACAUAGCAGAGUUGGUUCUCGACUACAAUGAUCAAACAAAAAUCCCCUUUAUCAGAAAACAAAUAGAAGAGAUCAAUCAACAUACUGUGAGAAUAAGGGCUGAUAAGAGCGGUGAAGUUUCUGACCAGGAGCUCUACUUACCCGGACUCGUGCCGAAGGUGCCGGGACGCUUUUAUUUUCUGUUUGGCAAGCCCAUAGAGACAAGAGAAAUGAAGAGUGUUCUGAGGGAUAGGGAGGGUGCAAAUAAGCUGUAUUUGCAGAUCAAAUCUGAGAUCGAGAACUUGAUUUCAUAUUUGAAGAUGAAGAGGGAGGAGGAUCCGUAUAGGAGUAUAUUCAGUCGGGCAAUUUAUCAAGCAUCUUGGGGUGUAGAAUCUGCUCCCACUUUUGAACUGUGAAUUACUUGCUCUACGAUUCAAGCAAAAGAGUAAACGCCCAUUUUAGGUCCUGGGAAUUAUCAUUUAUGUUUUGUUUAGAUGUUUACUUUAUGAAAUAAAUU